UCCUUAUUAUGUUGACCUCCACACUCCUUCACCCAUUUCAAUAUUACCCAGCACAGCCCCAUUCUCUGGCCAGCUUUUCUGAACGAGAAAAACAAUGAAGAUCUUCAAUUGGGUGCACAAGAGGUUUCACCAUAACUCUCUGAAAGAUGGGUUUGCUUCAAACAUGAAAAAAACUGAACCUGCAAUCAACAACGCGGAUAGUCAAGCUUUGCUGAAACAAGUUGCCCUUACUGAAUCACUUGGUGGAUGGGAAGACGGCAUUCUAACCAUAGGGACUCUUGGCUAUGAUCCCUUGAAGUCCAUGAACCCUCACAAAGAAUACUUUGCUUUGGAAAUUGAAGUUGAACAAGAAGAUGGUGAAGGAGAGAACAGCAUCAUGGUGGAUGAGGAAGAGGAAAAGUGCUAUAGUGCUGAGCACGAGGAACUGAAUCCAUUGAUAUACAACACAUUUGAGCACAACUUUGAGGAUAUUGUCAGUGAAAACUAUGAUGAUGGAGAUGUGGUGAGGAGUUUCAACGAAAUUGUGGUGGCUCCACCUGUUAUUUGUCAUGAAGUGAUGGAAUCAUACGAUAUGGAGGCUGAUGAAAAGAAGAAGAAAGGAGAGAGAAUCACAUUGGCUGAUCUCUUCUUAGCUGAUUCUGAUGUUAAGAUAAAGCUUAAUCCUGCCAAAGUCUGUCAACUUGCUUCAAGUGAAAAACCAAACUUAAAGCAAAGCAUGGACUCUCUUUUGCCAAGAAGCUCAUUCCACGCGUUAAGGACAAUCCCCAUCCAAUGAAAGAUAUA